AUUACCGACGUCGUUUCGUCUGUCACCCAAUCUGUUCCGUUCGUCCCGUCCUUAACGAAUCAGUGGCUUCUUCAGUUCCUUUGUCGGAGCCCUGGGACACCAAGAAACGAAGAUGAAGCACAGAACAUGGCCUUCUCGCUCUGGGGUCUCUCGUUUCUCAUCUCUUCCAUUUCCUAAUAUGAUCAACUCUGAUGUUUCCACUAAAAAUUCUACCUCGAAAACCCCUUUCAAAGCAUCGGCUUACUCAGGUCGCUCAACUCGGCUCUGCUCAAGGGCAUCAUCAGUGUCUGCUCCAUCAGGAUCUUCAUCACGUGAUGCCGAUUUCUCUGCCCUCCCCUAUGACAUUCUUGCGAAAAUCGCCGCUUCCUUUACCCUCCCGAACCUUCAAGCGGCGUCUCUGGUUUGUCGGUCGUGGUCGGAGGCGCUUAAGCCGUUGAGGGAGGCGAUGCGUCUUCUGAGUUGGGGAAAGAGAUUCAAGCAUGGAAAGAGAUGCGUUCGUCCGAAUAUAGACAAGGCCCUAGAUUCUUUCCUGAAAGCUGCGGCUCGGGGCUCCGCUCUGGCUAUGGUUGAUGCGGGUCUGAUUUACUGGCAGAUGGGCGAGAAGGAGAAGGCAAUUGUUUUGUAUCAGAGAGCUGCUGAACUCGGAGACCCAGCUGGCCAGUGCAAUUUGGGAAUUUCCUAUUUGCAAGCUGAACCUCCAAAAACUAAGGAAGCCUUAAAAUGGUUAUACAAAGCUUCAAUUGGUGGGAAUGCCCGUGCUCAAUACCAACUGGGGCUUUGCCUUCAUCGAGGUCACAAGGUCAAUUGCAACAUAAGAGAAGCUGCUAAAUGGUAUUUGAAAGCUGCAGAAGGAGGGUAUGUGCGUGCAAUGUACAAUAUCUCCUUAUGCUACUCCUCCGGUGAAGGUUUGGCACAUAAUCAUCAGCUUGCAAGAAAAUGGAUGAAGCGGGCUGCAGAUCAUGGUCACAGUAAAGCUCAAUUCGAGCAUGGACUUUCUCUCUUUUCUAUUAUACAUGAUUCUAACAGAGAUGUUGCAUCUGAACAGGAGGGUGACUCGAUGAAAGCUGUGGUAUACCUAGAACUUGCCACACGUGCUGGUGAAAGAGCCGCCGCUCGUGUCAAGAAUGUAGUUCUACAGAGGCUUUCAUUGCCUUCACGGGAUCACGCCAUGCAUCUUGCUGACAGGUGGCGUGCUUUGCCUUCAUGUUGACUUGUCAUGCAUUCCUGGCAAAGAGUCUCAUAUUCCCCUUGCCUUGACUACUGAUGUUGCAACUUCUUGACAAUGGACUCGACAAAGCAAGCCAGAAAAUGGGCUAAAAAAAGGAACUGACUAGGAUGCCAUUCCUACAAAUUUUGAAAGUAGUGCCAUAGUGGUCUUCCUUUAUGAAAUAACCUAGCUUGUGCUUGUAGCUCUGAAAGCAAACAAUAGAUGGUAAGAUUAUACAAGGCCACCCUUCGGACUAGUUUUGGGGUCCCUAGAAGUCACAGAACUUGUUCGUUAAUGCCUCCAAUUCAGCAGCCAUGUUCCUUUUGGAGCACGACGCCCCCUGUGGAAUUUUGAAGAAAACAACUGUCUGGGUAGGUUAUAAGCUUUCGUGUCAGGUAGGGCAGUUCUAACCAAUACUGUAGUGUGAUAAAACUAAGGGCGACGAUGCUGGUAUAUGUAACAUUUGGGUCAUCUGAUUGUAAUAUAUGCUGAUUUUCCCUGAGCUUUUCCUCCUUCUCAUAAAAGCUGUAGUGAAUUAUAUGAUGCCAAUUUCUCUUAUGGAUGGACAAAUUGGUAGAAUGCAUUUUGAGAGAUGAUUA